AUGAUUCAGACCUUUUUGCGCGUGAAAAAGGCUCCUCUCCAGCCCGAGGAUGCCUCCCAAACAUAUGGUUUCGUUACCAUUCUCAAUGACGAUGAUGUCGUUUUAGAGUCCCCAGAAGACUCUCAUGCUUUUCGCGUUUCCAAAGCUAAAACUUCCGAAAAAACUUCCUUCUCCAAAGUUUUUUCCCCUACUUGCUCUCAAUGGGACGUCUUUGUCUCCAUCUGUGCUCCUUUGCUCUCCCAGUCUCUCUUUCACAUGAACGAUGCCCUCUUGUUUACCUUGGGCGUCUCUGGCGCUGGCAAAACUUACACCCUCUUUGGUCCCCAAGAUCAUCCUGGCGUCGUUUACCUUGCUCUCGAUGCCCUCUUCUACAAUAUCCGUGGCCGCGAAGCCAGCUUUCCCGUCGUAGAAUCCAUUCGCUCCAAGCUCGACAAGUGUAAAGUUCUAGAGGGCUCCAAGUAUCUGAAACAUGAACCUUCCCAUCCAAUCCAACUCCCCUCUCCCGACGCUUAUGCCUCUCUUUUCCCACAAAAACUCGAUCCCUCCUUUCAGUAUGCAAUUUAUCUCUGUUUUCCUGAAAUUUAUAACGAUCGCAUCUUUGACUUGCUCGAAAAGGCAAGCUUCUUUGGCCAUCGCCACGCUCUUUCUUUGAAAAAGUCUUCCUCCUCCGAUAAAAAAUCUGUCGCUGGCAUUCAAAAGGUUUACGUCGCUAACCCCCAUGAAGCUUUUCAACUCGUCCAUAAAGUUUUGCAAUUGCGAAAGUCCACUUCCACAAAGGCUAAUUCCGUCUCCUCCCGCUCUCAUCUCGUCGUUUCCAUCGAGCUCUUCCGCUUGCAACCCGCAAAAAAUCACAUCGAAAGCUGUCAACUUGAUUUGGUUGACCUUGCUGGCUCUGAACGAACCCGUUCCGCCGAAACUUCUGGCUUACUUCUCCGAGAAGGUGCUAGCAUCAACAAGAGCCUUUUAACCCUAGGCCAGUGUCUCGAAGCCUUGCGUCGUAAACAUGAUGGAAGGCAACACAUUAUCCCCUUCCGUCAAAGCAAAUUAACCGAGCUGCUCUUCCAUUCCGGUCAUUUGUCCGGCACUGCUAGAACUUGCAUGCUCGUCAACAUCGACCCUCUGGGAAGUUUCGAUGAAAACGCCCAAGUCAUGCGCUACAGUGCAAACGCCCGUGAAAUCAUACCUACACAAUCCUCCUCUUACACCGACAAUUUUAUGUCUCCGUCCCUUAAUCGUACCGCUACGCAAUCCAAGUCUACACAUUCGGAAGCAAUCCAAGUACAAAACGAACAACUACAAAGAGAAAAUGAAUCUCUUCGGCAGCUCCUCGCUGACGCUGACGCGGAAAUGGUAAAUUUGGAGUAUGAAAUUCGCGAACAAAUGACCCGUGAAAUGGAGGAACGAGUAUCGCAAGUGGAACAAACAUUCUUAAAUCGAAUGCUUGAGGAAACCGCUCAAGGCAUUGAGUAUACAGAUCAGAAAAUUGAAAAAAUGGGUGAAUGGGUGCGCCGAUUGCAACAGGGUAACAAGGAGAAAGAUGAGUGCGUCGCCCAUCUGGAACAUAUCAUCGAACAGUUGCAAGAAGAGAAUAGCAUCGAAGAGAAACCUGCUCUUCAGGAUACCAGCAAUGUGCACUAUAUCGAUAAUAAUCGUCGUUCUUCUCGUAAACUACACUACGAAGAUAAACAAGCUAUUGAAGAAGCUCACAGUCUUCAUACCAAAAGGAAACUUUGGCCUGAGCCCACUUUGCUUCAGUCGUCUGAAACAGAGGAGGAAGAAGGCAAAACUGAAAUUAGCCCAAAGAAGAAGUCGCCAUCUCCGCUGAAGCCUCUUAGUCCUUCAAGGCGACCCCCAUUAACUAAGAUGUAUAGUCAAACUGGCGACGUGGAUAUCAACCAACUAUAA